ACUGUUGCCAUGGUGAAUCCGUUGGCUGGGGGGGCGCGGACGAGUGACGUCACACGGCGGCCCUGGGAGCGGGGUUCAAAGCCAGAAGACGUUUGGAGACGGCGGCGGCUCAGGGACUGAUCUUCCUCCUUCAUGGCUCUUCCUCAUGCCUUCUCCCUCCAGGACGCUUCCCUCCUCAGCGGCAUCGAGCCGCUUCCCCUGUCUUCUCCUACAUCUCCACACCUCUCCCGCGCCGAUCUUUCCUCUCCUCCUCCUCCUCUCCUCCCUUCACCCUCCGCUUCCCUCCGACGCGCCGCCUCCUCCGAGGUAACGGCUCAGCUCUAUGCCUCCUUGAGACGCAGCCAAGAAGUGGAUGAAGAAAAGGAGAUCCACAGAGCCUGGGUAAGAACAGAGCUGGACCAAAGUUCCACCAUGACUUCUGAGGUGGAGGACCUAGCUGAUGAAUUGUCCCGGAGGCUCCAGGAAGGUGUGGAGGCAUCUGAGAGAAAGGAGCCCUCUCCAUACAUCUCCCAGAUGGAGUCCCUGCGGUGCCACCUGAAGAACAUGCUCGCCCUGGGCAGCUCAGUGACCUCACGCGGGGCGUCCCCCGAAAAGAGACUGGAGCAGCAGAGUGACACCACCAGCACCCUGCUCAGCGCCCGUCCUGACCGGGACCUCUCUCCACCCUUGUCUCUCGCUGGCUUGGAGGGUCUCUUCCCUCGCUAUUCCACCCUGUAUAAUGCUCCUCCGCCCGACCUACAUCUGAGAGAAGCCCUGGAGAAAGAGACGACACGACGCAAGCACCUGGAACGUCACAUCCAGAACCUACAGAACGAGAUGCUGGAGCUCCAGCAGAGGGUGUCGGUGAUGCUGGCGGCCGACCGCAGGAAGGACAGUAUGAUCCAGCAGCUGGACCAGACUCUGGCCUUGGUGGUCGGGGGCUGGAAGCAGCAGGAACAGCAGAGAGAAGAGUCCGUGCGUCGUUUCAGACAGGAGAAGGAGGAGGCAGAACAGUCUCGGACCAGAGACCAAGAGACCUUGACACAAGUGGAGCAGCGACUGGCCGAGGCCCUGGAGUCAUUGGAGCGGGAGAAGAAGGCCACCAAGGAGGAGCAGACAGAACUGCAGAGACGGGUUGAUGAGCUGAAGGCUCGGCUGUCUCAGAUGCAGGCAGAUCGGGAAGCAGCGGAGGAAGCUAGAGAGCAAGAGAGACGAGAGCUGGAGUCGCUGCAGCGCCGUGUGCAGGAACAGCAGAGAUCUUGGGAGGAGAGGGAGCAGGAGCUGCAGGAGGAGCGCAGGCGAGCGCAGGAUGCGGGGAUGAGAGAACUGGAGAAGGAAAAGGCGCUGUCUCAGCAGGAGAUCCAGAAGUCUCAGCAGUUGCAGCUGGCUCUCGCUGCCCUGCAGGGUGACGUCCUGCGCUUGGAACGUGAGCUGCAGGCAUCUCACAGGGAAACGGACACUCUGCAUAUGGAGCUGAACCUCGAGAAGGCACGGAACGAGUCCGAAAAAGUGCGGAUUGAAAGUGAACACAAAAUGAGGCUGGAAGAGGUGAUCACGGAGAGACUGAGCGCGCUUCAUGAAGAGAGCGCCCAGCACUUGUCCACCGUUCGGGAGCAGCACAGGAAACAGCUACUGGAGCUGACUUCUCAGCACGAAGCAGAGCUCUGCAGCCAGAUGUCCCAGUUUAAGUCCGAAUUACAGGAGCGAGAACGACGUCACCGAGAGAUCGUCAUGGACUGUGAACUCAAGCUGUCUCGCUCAGAGGAGCGCUGCCUAGAGCUGUCUUGGUCCCUUCGCCGUUUGGAGAGUGAGAGAGCAGAAAUGUUGUCCCAGCUUCAGGACGUUAUGAAGAGUCACUGGAGUCAGGCCCUACGAGUUCUCUCUGCCAAGGUCCCCUCUGAGAUCUCCUCGAUUGCUGCAUCCCAUCAGAAGACAGAGACUUCUGAACAGUGGACUCAACUAACAAGAGAAGGUGUCUAUGGCGAGGAGACCAGUGUCCAUGCAAGGCAAGGGAUAGUUGGAGCUGACAACCUGACUGGGGUCACCAGCCAUCAUCUGAAGGAAAGUAGUGGCUCGCGUAAAGGGACUGAUGGACAUGUUCAGAGGAGCGGCCUACAGAGCGUCGCCAGUGGUAGCCAACAUCUAGAAGACAACCAGGUUGGCAGCAAAAAUCUUACAGAUAGCAGUGGUUCAGACUUAAUUAACUUCAGCCGAAUUACGGAUGAAAGAAGCCAAGACAACAUUGGGACAAGUUCUAUAAAGGAGACCAGUCUCAGAUUUUUGGGAGAUGGAGCUCACAUGAGUAGCAAAGCUGUCAUGGGAGGCCAAGCAAUUCCUAAUGAUUCCCAGUUGGGUGGUAAGAUUGGUCAAGCAGUCAAAACCCCAGGAACAGCAGAUGCUACCAGUCUAUAUAAUAGCGGUGACCUCCAGACACUCCAGGAAAUGAUAGCUAGAGACACAGUAAGGAAAUAUAUUGGUGGCCAAUGGGAACCCUAUGGUCAGUUAACGACUGAUAAAAGCCAAACUUUGUUCUACCCAGAGAUGACCAACUUUAUUAUUGGGACUGACGCUAGUGGUCACUCUGUGGCAAGACAUAUGCCAAGAGAUAGCAGUGGCCACCAAAUCGAUGGAAUCCAUCAGUCCAUGAUGGGAAGUAACCGACAAGCGCCAUUGUCAGAGAAAAACAUCUUCAGUCAUAUUGGCAAUAGCCAGUUCGAGAGCAUGGGUGGAUAUUCUUUUACUGGUGGUCAUAACUUAAGACGCAGUACCACUGUCAAGAACGAUGAUUACACCAAGGAAGAUAGAAGUCGGACCACCGAUGGUGGCAGCGGCCAGUCGAAGGAAUAUAGUCACUCUGUUACGCAGCCUAGCCUAGAUCGAGCUCCGUUAACUAUUCCUAACCUCAGCCCUAUAUCCAAGAUAUCUUUCCUAGGACUCGGUCGUGAGUUUACAAACCCUUCUGCACAUCAAGAGAACCCAGUAACUGGUCACCAACCAAGUCACAGAGUCCCUGACUCAGAAGAAAGUUUCUACCCCAUGCAAGUCGAAGAACUGAGUCACAGCUUUAGCAGCCAUCAUGGCUUUUUCCCUUUGGAGCCACACCCAGAUGGCACCAUGACUGGCACUGUGUCCACAACUCUCCCCAAAACUUCUCCAGAGCGCCCCUUUCAUGAAAAAUCCUCCAUAAACACUAGAGAUACCCCAUCAAACUGGGAGAAGGGAGACCAGGCCACCCCAAAUCCUAUUCUUCAGUACUAUAUACGCAUGUUACUUGACCGGACACCAGGUGACCCCUUGAACGAACUGGAUAAAGGUCUGCUUCAGGUUAACCCUGAUGUGACUGAGUUUUACCAGUCUCUACAGAGCAGAGGAAACCAGCCCCUUCCUAGGUCAGAUGAGAAGGAGCAGGAGGUCUCCGGGCUCCCCACCAAUCCCAAGAAAAAUGCUGUAAAGAAAGAAGUACUGUCCAGUCAACGUCGUCCUGGUCCACAAAAACCACUGAAGAGAGUCCCUUCGCGAGGAGGACGUGCUGGGGUCUGGAAAUAGGUUUUGAGCUACGCACUAGGGUUUUGCGUGCAUAUUCAGUACUUUUUGCCCCUGUGAUGGAGUGAUACUAUGGAAGAGAAAGUUUUUUACAAAUGAUAUACGAAUUAAAAUGUGUGGAGGAGUUUGGUUGGGUCCCGGUGACCACAGUAUCUCAUGUAUGUCGCAAGCAGCACGAAGACAGCUAAAGCAAGAGCCGACCAAAUACCUCCAUAUCUCUACGCUAUACUCCUGUGAGGAUGAAAUAGUAAUGAAGUGCUGAGUUCGUGUAAUGAAGAAGUAGGCUAGGAUUAGAAAAACAUGGCUACUUUCUUCCAAAAACAGUGCCACACGUGUAUUUUUGCAGCUCAUCAUCAUUCACGUAAAUGGAGCUGAACUUCAGUACCUGACUCAACCCAUGGACGAGUGUAGAGCGGUUUCUGAAAGAAAGCCAUGUUUUUCUAAUCCUGGAAAACCAUUUUACACCAGGUGAUUAUCCCGAUAAUUGCCUGCUCAUCAGAGAAGGUGGGAACUGCAGUCCCCUCCACUGUCUGAGGACGAGGAACCAUUGCUGGCCUUGCUCAUCCUCGUAGAGAAUCAUUGUUUCUGGCGGCACAAUUAGCUGCCUAGAAACGAUGAUUUAGAUGUCCACCUCAGCAAUACGUUUAUGUGAUUGAAUGAGCAUCUGCUCGUUGGUUGGGUGAUCGGCGGCACCGUUAGACAGGGCUGUUAUUGGGAGCAAGAGUUUGUAGAAACACUCCUUCCCGAUAAUUGGCCCAAACAGUUUUGGAGUAUAAGAUACUAGUGAUGUCACCAUCGCAUAACAGAAUCAAUUGACUUCCAAAGUUGUGUAGUCUUCUAGAACUUUCAUGUUAGAAGCAGAGUGUUUGUUAAUAGUACGUCUCACAUGGGUGGACGUGCGACUCUGUCCUACAGUGUGUUCACAGGUGUAAGGCAGAUGGAAUCCGAUCUUAUGCGUGUGCAGCGCCUUUCUCCUGGGAGUAGCAGUCAAUGGGGCCUGCACUCAGUUUGUGCCUUUAGGCAAUGCAGCUUUAUGUUGUGCCAUUAUUUUCUUUAUGUCGUAUCUGAUG